CAUAGUAACAAAGUCCUCAUACUUCUAGCAAGUCAAAUUCAGUGUUUAGAGCUUUUGUGUUAUUAUAUUAAUUGGUUUGAUUUUUGCAAAAAGGCCUUACAUUCAUGCUUACAAAAAGAUGAAUGAAUUCAGGAUGUCUCAAAGAAUUGUUCGACAAAUUUUGUUGGUGUUAUGUUUACUUUUGAGUUAUAAUGAGGUACAAGGAGAAAAAAAGCUAUCUAAAUUGGAGGAUGCGAAGUUAGAGAAAAAACUAAAACUUUUGAAUAAGCCAGCAGUCAAAAUCGUUAAGACUAAAUAUGGGGACAUAUACAACUGUGUAGAUUUCUACAAACAACAUGCAUUUGAUCACCCAUUGCUGAAGCACCAUAAUUUUCAUCCCAAGGCACAUCUCUACUCUCUUUUUACUUUAAAUUUUGUACACAUAUACGAUAUUGUUGACAUAUAUAAUUGA